AUGGCAGCUGCAUAUCCGGCAUUAAAGGAUCGCGAAAUUGGCCAUACAAUCUGCCUUUUCGACGUGGAUGGAACUCUCACAUAUCCACGCGGGGAAGCCACCCCUGAAAUGCUUUCUCUCCUUCAUGCCCUCCGCCAAAAAGUAGCAAUCGGUUUCGUCGGCGGUUCCGACCUAGUAAAACAACAAGAACAACUCGGCGCUCCAGCCAAAACCAACGUAACCGCGCUCUUCGACUUCUGCUUCUCAGAAAACGGCCUCACGGCUUACAAACUCGGCGAGCCCCUCGCAACACACUCAUUCAUUUCCUGGCUGGGCGAGUCAAAAUUCAAAGAGCUCGUUAAUUUCAUACUGCAUUAUAUUGCGGAUCUGGAUAUUCCUAUAAAGCGCGGCACGUUUGUGGAGUUUCGGAAUGGAAUGAUCAAUGUUAGUCCAAUUGGGAGGAAUGCGAGUACGAAGGAGAGGGAUGAGUAUCAGGUGUACGAUUUGGAACAUAAGAUCCGCGAGACGUUUGUGGGUGUGCUGAGAGAGAAAUUUGGGCAUUUGGGGUUGACAUAUUCAAUUGGAGGACAAAUUUCAUUCGAUGUCUUCCCUACAGGCUGGGACAAGAGGUACUGUUUACAGCAUCUUGAGAAGGAGGCCAAGCAGCCUGGUGGAGUCGAAUACACAACUAUCCACUUCUUUGGAGAUAAGACGGAAGUGGGCGGAAACGACCACGAGAUUUACAAUGAUCCAAGGACGAUUGGACAUUCAGUGAAGGAUUUUGAGGAUACGAUGAGUCAGGUCAGAAAGCUAUUUAAUUUAUGA